CAGUCACACACACAAAUAAAAGGAAACCAACUACAAAACCUCACACUUACUCUCUAGUACUAUAUAGGUACAACAAAAGCCUCAUUCUCUAAAGUCUAAACUUCAUUUUCAUUCUUGUUUUCACACCCCCAUCUAAUUCCUCUUCAAAUGGCUCAGAAGAUUGUGUUAAAGGUGCUAACUAUGACUGAUGAUAAAACAAAGCAAAAAGCUAUAGAAGCAACUGCAGAUAUAUAUGGGGUUGAUUCAAUUGUUGCAGAUGUAAAAGAACAGAAAUUGACAGUGAUUGGUCAAAUGGACACAGUGAAAAUUGUGAAGAAAUUGAAGAAAGUUGGAAAAGUAGAUAUUGUAUCUGUUGGUCCUGCAAAAGAAGAGAAGAAAGAAGAAAAGAAAGAAGAGAAAAAGGAAGAGAAAAAAGAAGAGAAAAAGGAAGAGAAGAAAGAGGAGAAGAAGGAAGAGAAGAAAGAGGAGAAGAAAUAAACAAAAUAAUUAUCAUCUAUUUUUUUUUUUUCAUUUACUUUCUUUUUGUAUUUUUUUUGGCAUAAUUUCAUAUAUUGAGCUGCAAAAAUGUUCAAGUUCUUUUCUAAGCAUUGAUUAAUCUUCAAUUACCAACAAGAAAAUGGGUUUUAAAUGAUGAGAAUAAUCAAAGAAAUUAAAGAAGAGUUA